CAAGGAUAGAAUUGAUUUGGGUAGCUGAAUUACUCCCAAAAUACGACAGCAGACCCAGUCGUGUGCGUUUAUAUUGCUCUUUCGACAUCAGCCGGCCCAAGAAGGUUGUUUCCACACACCCAAUGAGCCCGACGUCUCGACACCGCGCAUUCGGCAUGGACACUUUUAUCCCUGAUCUGACUGAGCUGAUCUGAUCUGGUCCUAUCUGGUCUGACCUGAUUUGUUCUUGUAAUUAUUUUGAAGCCCCCCGGUUCAAUUUCAGAGUCUAGAUGCACAUGCACGUGCAUCGACUGGUGGCAUGACGACUAAGGAGGUUUACGCCGGGCAGCGCCGGUCCUACGGUGGCGCUCUCUGCACGGUCCGGUGGCAGGGACUGCUCCCGGGGUUGAAAGGGGAAUGGCUCGGUGUCGAAUGGGACGACCCUACGCGCGGCAAACACGACGGGCAACACGAACGCAUCCGGUUGUUUGAAUGUCUAUCGUCGUCGCCGACGGCGGCCUCGUUCGUUCGAUCGUCGAGAAGGCCGGAUCCAGAACGAACUGUCCUCGAGGCAAUCAAGUCCAAGUACGCGCCGCCGCCUAAGGCGUCCCCGUCGGCUCAGGGUUCUGGUUCUGGCUCUGGGGCCGACACGAUUGCGAUCUCCGGCAAAGUCGUGGAGGAAGUCGGGUUCGAUCGAAUUCAAGCGCAACUCUCUGUCCUCGCGGACCUGAAGAUUGUGCUCGUCGAUGAGCUUGCGGUGUCGGGGGUGGCGAGGCGCGGUGCGUCCAGAGACGAAAUCAGAGCCGCGCAAGAGGACCUCGCGAGCACGUGUCCGAAUAUAAUCGAGCUCGACAUCGGGUGGAACGCCAUCGAAACGUGGGCCGAUGUGGGCGACAUUGUUGCGCCACUGAAGAAACUAAAGAUCCUCAAGGCCAGCGGGUUACGACUACGCACUUUCAAGUCUCAGACCCAGGGUUUUGUCGUUUCCGAUGGAGCGGAGAAAGACAACGAAACCCCGUUUAGAAAUAUCGAAGAGUUGCAUCUUGGGGAAUGUCUCCUAUCACCAGAGCAGAUUGUUCAGAUGCUCUCGCCGUCGCCGGCAUUGUUCCCGAAUCUCAAGACUUUGGUGCUCUCGUCGAACAACUUGCACUUUUUCAACAAGGGUGGAAGAACCACAGACGGGAGGUCGUCGUCGUCAUCAUCAUCGUUGCCCGGUGUGACGACCAUCGUGCUGGAAAACAAUAAGUUUGAGGACCUGAGUUGGCUACCGAAUCUAGUUGGAUUAUUUCCGAACCUGUCGUCGUUGUCUCUGCAGGGUAACUGUGUGUCGGAUUUCAACCUGGACGGGCUACGCGGGUCGGACUCGAUCAAAUUUGAAGGUCUUGAGACGCUCAAUCUGGCAAGAAACAAAAUCCAAAGUUAUGAGUUCAUCGACGCCCUUCCAGGGUUAUUCCCCAGCUUAACGAGCCUGAGGAUCUCGAAAAACCCAUUGUACGAGAGUGUAGGGCAAGGAGAGGAAGACCAAAGCCAAGAUCUGGCACAGAGACAGCACUCUAGAAUGGUGGACUCGACGAAUUAUUACCUCACGCUUGCGAGGGUGCCAGGACUGAAAUCAUUGAACUAUACGACCAUUACGGAUCGAGACAGGGAAGAAGGAGAAAUUUAUUACCUGUCAGUAGCAGAAAAGGAGAUCAUUCCUCUUCUACGGACAAAAGACAAUAAGACAUCGUCACUUGCGGAAAAUGUGGAACAAAUGGCCCAAAAAGCCAGGAAGGCUUAUCCUCUAUACGCGAGCCUAUGCGGAAAGUACGAUCGUGAAGAUGUCAUGGCGCGGUUCGUGGAUGAGACGACCCAAGCCGAGAAGCAACAAACAAGAAAAGACGGUGGCGCCACAAAAAAGGCAUCAGUCGCAGCAGAACUGGACAAUUAUGCUCCUGGGACGUUGGGUUCUAGACUGGUCGAUGCUCACUUUUAUAUUCCACCAUCAUCAUCGUUGUUAAAAACCACGUAUCAGAGACUCCUACCCACCACGGUCUCGGUUUACAGACUCAAAGCUUUGAUUGCGAAACAAUUCGACCUCCCGGCAUUACAAUUCAGACUAGUCUACGAAUCUCACGAGUAUGAUCCGGUCGAACCGAUUUCGAAGACCACUCGUCAGGAUAAUAGUCUGGCGGGGAAACAAAAUUGGGACAGUUGGGGGGACUGGGACGUGGAUGAUGUGCGGAAUGAUCGGGAAAGGGGCAGCUACGAUGAGACUGAGACCGAGGGAAACGAGGACGGCGUGAAGGAAUCGUCCUCGUCUCCAUCUUCUCCCUUCAUCAUCGUCCGUCAAGGUCAACAGUUCAAGAAACGUGAGACAGAGAUCUUGGAUGGCAUGAGGUCCUGGGGAGAUUUUCUGGAUCUGACGGCGGCGGAUGGGUCGAGGAGAAGAGACGUGAGGGUAAGAAUUGAACCUCUGACAGAUACGUUGAAGUAG